CAGGGUCGGAUCGUUGGAGAGGGGUGGAGCGGAGAGAAUGUAGCGUUGAGGACGGAUUUUAAUAAGAAACAAUUUAAGAAUCGCGCUUUUGGCCGUGCGAAAAGCCAAGCGCCUAAUUGUCCAAAUGUCCUCGUUGAUCGCGUCGAUCGAGUGUGUGAAGUCCCCGGUGUCCUGCCGAUAAAGAUUGUGUUGUUUUCGUGCCGGCAGAGCUCAGCAAUUCGGAAACCCCCCCAAAAAAAGUUUCCACUUUUUCUUUCCCCCAGAAAAGUGACAAUUAUUCGUGGCCGUGGUAGGCGGAUGCAGCUGCAAAGCGGGCAGAUAAAGAGUGACGAAAUUAAGUGCAAUCGGCGCAGGUCCUCUAUUUGUUUAUGUUGAUAAACAGUAUUUGUGGGCCAACUUAGUGCAGUUAAAAGUGAAAUUGCCACGGUUAUUUAGUGGUUGCUUGGUGUACGUGCAAAAAACCUAAAACAGACAUCCCCAGAAGAAGAAGAAGAGUUGGCAGAAGGAGGAGGAGCACCGACGUCAACUUCUCUGUUGUUUUUGUUUGGCAGCAAGAGAGAGAGACGGAGGGAGAGAGCAAAGCAGAACACGCGGCUCUUUAUAAAAAAAAGGGCGGGAAGGCCCUUCGCUUCGAAUAAACCCAAUAAUAAUCCGUAACUCUGCCCGCCGGAAAUGUCGAGGGUGGGCGAACACAAGCGUGUCACCCUCACCUCGAUCAUCCAGGGCGAUGCGGGCUUCUCGCGUUUUGGUAGCAACAUCCUGGAGCCAGAUGUCCCUCUAUCCGCCGGAUCCACUAACACCGCCAAACCCCCGAGCAAACCCGCCAAGUGCAUACGCAUCAAGCUCGAUCUUUUCGAGACUGAUUCGAACAAGUACCCCGAGUUUAACUACACCCGGCUUGUGUACUUGGAGAAGAAAAAGGCCAAAAAGCUUAAGCAGGUGACCACAUGCAACGGUUCCGCCGGCGCAGAUCCCUUUGCCGACAACGAUGACGAUGUGGCACGGAUCGUCAAGGAGCUGGAGGCCAAGUAUGGCAACUCCUAUGCCACUGGCAGGGGCAAGAGCAAAAAGGACGACUACCGGGAUAUUGGAAUGGGCUACGAUGAGUCCGACUCCUUCAUCGACAACACGGAUGCUUACGACGAGAUCAUCCCGGAGGAGGCGGAGACCCUUGAAGGCGGUUUCUACAUCAACUGCGGCGCCCUAGAGUUCAAGAACCUCGCCAAAAAGUCCUACACCACACGAACGGAUGCCAUCAUCAAAAUGCCGGAGCGAUCGCGCAAGCGCUUGGUCUCGACCAGCUCGGAUAGCUCAUCUUCGUCAUCCGACGAUGACGAUGAAAACGAUGAUGACAACAACGAAGAGGAGGAGGAAAGCGAUUCGGACGACGAUGAUGAGGAGGACGAAAGCGAUUCCGAGGACGAUUCCGAAAGCGAAAGCCUUGAGGACGAGGACUCUGCUGCCACGGCAAAAUCCAGCAGCAAGUACAAAGACAAUCAUCUGGCCAAGCGGCCGAAAGUCAUCGUUACGAGCAAGUCCAAGCCAAGCUCCAGUUCUUCGGCAGGCGGCAAGAAGCCACCUGCUAAGCCGAUCACCACCUCCUCAUCCUCGAAUUCGCCACGGCCUUCUAUUGUGGAGAUUUCAGAUACGGAAGAACGGCCAGGCCCGGUGCAGUCCCAGAUUCAGAUUCAGCCACAGCCACAAAACCAGUUUCCAGCCCUGCCCCAGCCCCAGACUCAAGCUCAGGCCCAGGCUCAAGCCUUGAAGAAGGUGGUUAAAACGACUACGGUUAAGGACAUGCUGAAGGCCAAGCGGGACAGCUUCCUCAAGUCGCAAAGCGGCACGGCAGCUGUCAAGGGCGUCGUCAACGGCGAGCUGAAGUGCAUCUCCACGGACAUGUCCAGCAGUGACAGCAGCGACAUGGAAUCGGCCACGGAGCAGGGCAGGAUAGACAAACUGGGCGGCCAACAAGGCAAGGAGGGUCAGGAAAAUCUACGUACCGCCGACACUGUGCUGCCCGCCACGCUGGAUGCGGAUAUUAUGACCGCAGUCAGCAACUUCAAAGAAGAUGUUAGGAGUCGAGACAUGUGCGGCAAGAAGUUCCACCUGGAUGCCAAGCUCACGCCCCUGCUGCUCCGGGUCUACGAGGCGGUGCUGUGCACUGAUCGCAACGAGCGUAACAUGGUAUUUUCCCACAUCGAAUACCAGUUGCAACUGCCCAAGUACUACAUGCUGCGCAAGGGUAAGCAAGUGCGCGCCAAGGAGGAGAAGAAUAAGUCCACCAUUAUGGUGGAGAAACUGCGGCGAGCUGUAGCUGUGGUCAUGCCCAAAGCGAUAGCCAACUAUGAGACGGAACUACGCACUUUUGCGGAACAGGCAGCGGCGGACGUGAAUGCGGAAUUGCCACCGAAGAUGCCACGCAAGAAGUUCCAGUGGACCAGUGACUUGCGCCAGGCGCUGUACGAUGUUUACCAGGCGCGCUGGACAUCCUUCCCCUUUUUGGCGAAGCGCAAGGACUCGCUGGAGGAGUUCAUCAACGUAUAUCUCAAGGAAAAGGUGGUGGAUAUCUGGCCGUCCGGCUGGAUGCGCCUGGAUGAGCUGCAGCGGGAAAUAACGCGAUAUAAGAACGCCAGACUCAAGGCCAAGGAGAAGUCAAAGGCGCCGACAGUGUCUGCAUCGCCCAAGUCCGUUGCACCUGUUCCUGCCCCCGAGCAAUUGCCUCAGGCAAGCGGCUACCUGAAGCCAGUGGAGGAGCCCCGAUCUCGGGGCAACUCAGACACGGACUCAGCUACAAGUGCCUCCUCCAACAGUCUGAAGCGCAAGCUUGCGGAUGUGCCCAAGCAGAGCAACAAGCCGCCAAAGAAGAAGGUGGCCAAGCAGUUACCACAACAGCCGCAAUUCCAGCUGGCGCCGGCUGCCACGGCGGCGGUCAGUGUGCCAGUCAUUAGCAACAACAACAACAACAACCACAACAACAACCACAACCACCUGCCCCACCUGGAUACACUGCUGUCCAUGCCAAGCACCUCGGCCCAGGCAGCAGCCCUGAAUGCUGCUGCCGUGGCAGCCGCCAGUACGGUUCUUGACCUGGCAUCACCCAGCCGGAAAAUGGACCUUAACAGCAGUAGCAACUUCUAUAAUCUGAUAACAGCGGCCACCUUGGCGGCCAGCGGGAACCCCAGUCCACAUCCCAAUGACUGCCAGGCCAAGGUGAUCGUGGGAGCGCGGCCCUCGCCGCAUGUAAUCAAUUUGGAUGACUACCAAUGUACCAGCGAAAUACUACAGACGUCCAAGCAGCUGGCUGCCACCACAUCCGUCAUUACAUCCACCUCCAAGGCCGCCCAGACUACGCCGGUUGCCAGGGAGAGCAGCAGCAGCGAGUCGGAUGGCGUGGAGAUCGUGGGCGUUUUCCCUGCCUCAAAGCCCCAACGAAAAGUCCUGCCGAAACCCAAGAACAAGACUCAGAACAAAGGAAGAUCCUCGUUGGGAGCCGUGGGCCAGGUCAAUGGAUCCCUGGGCUUCAACGCCAAUAACAUGUACAUCUACAACAACUCCAGAGCCAUGGGACCCGUGUAUGAUCUCACCUCCAAAGCGCACAUAAUGAAGAAUCUGAAGGAGUUCGAGAAGCAGAUUCAUUCGGCCUUCUCGCCCAGCGCCGUCAAGGGAUCAAGCGGCGGAAUGGGAUCCUCCGCACCGAGUACGCCCUCGCGUCAAUGACAAUCGGGUGCGGUCGCACAGCAGCCCAUGCCGGCUGCUGUGACGGCCUUCUACAACCCAGAGGCGAUGGCCGCCGCCAUAGUUCUCUCGACGAUGAGCCACGCCUCACCGCGCUACGACCUGCUGGCAAACGGAUCCGUGUCCGUGUCGGCCGCCCAGGUGGGAGCUCCUGCCAACACACUGCCACAAGUAUUUGUUAAGCCCAGCCUGCCGCAAACCAGCGCUGCCGACGAGCUAAUGACCACCACUGCUGGAGCUGCUCACCCGCCCACGCAACAACUGCCCACAAAGUUCAUUUAGCUAGGGUCACUCAGCUCGCUCCCCUGCGAUUCUAAUCUAAGAUUUUAGGGCUGGUUCUAGGUAGGUUUCAUUCGCAGCUGUGUCUGCCUUCCAAUCAUUUUGCACCAGUUUCAUUUUUGUUUUCUCAUUGAGUCGUUUACCUACUAAGUCAGUGUACUUUGCAAACAUUAAUAAAGCAAAUUUUUAUAUAUA